AAGAAAUACAUAGAUGUCACGUUUAAAAGGCGCGUCAUUCCAACAAAUGUUUGAUCAAUUACGACUAAACCACUCAAUUUUUUAUAUAUUUACGCUUAUUAUAUUUGAUAAAAUUUUACAAUCAUGGUGCGAUUAACCGCCGAAUAUAUCGAGAGAAAAUGUUCACAAAUGCAAUUAAGUAAAUCUCUUAGCAAGAAAGUAAAGAAGGACGAAUUAUAUACUCUAACUCAUUUACGCAUGAACAAUAUGUUUAUCAGUAGCAUCGGUAAUUUUGUUAAUUAUAGGAAUCUUAAAGUAAUAUAUUUACAAAAUAAUAAUAUUUCGAAAAUAGAAAAUUUGCACUUUGCAUCUAACUUGACGCAUUUAUAUUUGCAACAUAACACAAUAAGUAAAAUAGAAAAUUUAAAUUUUCUUGAGAAAUUGCAAACACUUUAUUUAGGAUAUAACAAAAUACUGGUAGUGGAGGGUCUUGAAUGUUUAAAAAAUUUAACUAUUUUGCAAGUAGAAAAUCAAAAGUUAUCUGUUGGAGAAUCAUUAUGCUUUGAUCCACGGAGUGUACUCACUUUAUCUCGUUGUCUGAAAGUACUCAACAUUUCGGGUAAUAAAAUGGCAUCUUUGAAAAGCAUUAAAGAAUUGCAUAAAUUAGAAGUUUUAGACGCGACAAAUAAUUGUAUUGAUGAUAUCAACGAUUUAACAGAAAGUAUAAGUGUUUUGACUUCUUUAAUAGAUCUAUCUUUACAAGGCAAUCCUGUAACUCAAUAUUAUAGGUGCAAAGAAAAUCUUAUCGCAAAUAAUGACACAAUAAAAACUCUUGACGGAAAAAUGGUUACAGAUGUAUGUAAAUGUUUCAUGAAAAGAUUUAAGAUAAAUAAACAUCUUUAUCACACAAAGAAAUUAUUGAAUACUACACUAGAUGAAGAUAUUACAAGUUCGUUAAAUUUACCGCCUUCAUUAAAAGAAUCAAUAUCCAGGGCGAUAUUUCAACAUCCUGAUGCAAAAUUGUCUACUACAUCUGCGAUGAAUAAAACACAAUCAUAUAUAUUUCCAUCAUGGAAAAUAGGUAUAAAUAUUGUAAAGAAUGGUCAUGUUACCACAAAACCAUUUUGGGGUAAUGUAAUUAAGACUAAGAGCUUUCCUAGUGUACAACCUUUGUUAAACAGUGAAAUUAUUAAAUUGCCACCUAUUUGAAUCUAGGAACAUAGUAAUGACAAUACACUGCAUACAAGAAAACAAACUUUUUGAAUG